AUGGGGGACAGCAGUAUCUUGCCGCGUGAGGAGACGCUCAAAGCACUCCCACCACCACCUCAAGCCACAGGCAGCGCGACCAAGGUCAAGCAGUUGCAAGACUCGGGGAAGCUUCCCAUCCUCGUCGUGCUCGAUGAUGACCCGACUGGAACACAGACCUGCCAUGGUAUCAACGUUCUUACCGUGUGGGACCAGCAGACAUUGACCGACGAAUUCAACUCAACCAAUAGCGGAUUCUUCAUACUCACCAACUCCAGAGCACUACCUACACCACAAGCAAGAGACUUGAUCAAGGAAAUCUGUCAGGCUGUCAAAAAAGCGGCCACUUCGACCGGCAAGGAGUUUGAAUUUGUCCUUCGAGGUGACUCAACGCUCAGAGGUCACUUUCCAGACGAACCUGAGGUCGCCGAAGAGGUCGUCGGGAAAGCAAAUGGCUGGAUACUGGCGCCUUUCUUUCGCCAAGGUGGCCGUCUGACCAUCAAUGAUGUACACUAUGUGGCAGACGGAGAUAAGCUCGUCCCGGCGGCGCAGACGCCAUUUGCAAGGGACGCGACCUUCGGCUACAAGAACUCGCACCUGGCCAAGUACGUGGAGGAGAAGUCUAAGGGCCGAAUCACCUCGAGCGAAGUCGGCUCCAUCAGCCUUGACGACAUCAGAAGUGGUGGUCCGGCUGAGGUAGCCAAGAAGCUUCUCAAGAUGAACAAGAAGGUGAUUAUCAUCAACGCGGUCGUGGAUGAAGACAUGGAAGUCUUCGUUCUGGGUAUGCUGGAAGCUGCACAGCAAGGCUACCGGUACAUCUACCGCACUGGUGCCGCCUUCGUGUCGACUCGGCUGGGUAUCGAGCAGAUUCAGCCUCUUGGUCCAGCAGACUUAGACAUGGAUAUCUCGUCAAAUGCGCCGGGUGGACUCAUCAUUGCAGGCUCAUAUGUCCCCAAAACCACGGCACAACUCGAGUCGCUCGUCCAAGGAAGAGGCGAGAAACUCCAAACAAUUACAAUCGAUGUCGAGAAGCUGCUGGAAGAUCCUGAUCACGUGCGGGAGACAACAAAGACAUUUGCUCAAGACGCAGCAAACUUCAUUUCCAGAGGCGAGGAUGUCCUGCUCAUGACAAGUCGUAAGCUAGUCACGGCGGAGGAUGAGGUCUCCAGCUUGAAAAUCGGAAGCGUUGUAGCGCAGUCGCUUGUGGACUUCAUGGAGCUGCUGGAAGUUCGACCGCGAUACGUUAUUGCGAAGGGCGGCAUAACGUCAUCGGACGCUGCCAGCAAAUCGUUGCGCAUGAGAAGAGCAGAGAUCGCAGGGCAAGCAGCCUCAGGAGUGCCGCUAUGGCGCUGCCAUGAGCCUACCUCGAAGUGGGCCGGCAUCCCUUAUGUGGUCUUCCCCGGAAAUGUCGGAGAGAAUCACACUUUGCGAGAUUUGGUGGCAAGCUGGGCAAAGACAGCUCAUUGA